UAGUAAUAAUAAUUUGCGAGUCGACUUAUUAACCUUCACCGGGCGGACCAUUGGACGAUUUUUCGGUUUUGGUCAUUGGGCAAUAACCGACAUCACUGUUUUUUCUGGUCCAUCUAGUCCGUUUUACAGCAUCGUUCAAGAUGGGUUUUGGUGAUUAUCCGGCCGAGUACAAUCCAAAAGUCCAUGGACCGUACGAUCCUGCUCGUUACUACGGUACACCCGAUAAACCUUUUGGGCAAUUAAAACUUGGAGAGGUCACUGAAUGGGUGGGACGCCGCAACAAAUCACCAAAAGCAAUUGCAGGAUUAUUUUCUCGCGCCUAUUGGCGUUGGUCACACAAAUACGUUCAACCAAAACGUACAACGGCUGCUCCAUUGAUUCAAAUUCUUGCAGGUUCAAUGUUGUUCUUCUAUGCUAUUAACUAUGGCAAAUUUGUGCAUCAUAGAAACUACAAGCACCAUUAAUCAUUAAUUGUUUACCAUUUAACAGCAGAAUUUAUAUUAUUAGUUAAAUAAACAUGAUUUAAAACACUCAUACAAUAAAAUAAAAUACAUGUAUUACAAUACAACAGAAUAUCUUUUUUUAGUUAGUAUCUAUUUGUAAUAUUUAUAAACAUUAAACAAUUAUACUUGAAGAAAACUAAAUAUUAAU